CUGGCUUAGAGUUAACAAAACCUAUAAACUGAGGGAAAGAAAAAAUAGCAAAAACGCUCAAAACUAUUUGUGAAUCAGGGAAUAGAAACAGAGAAUCGGGUUUCUCACAUGGAAGAAAAACCAAAAAAUAUUUUCACUUAUUUUUCCUGUGUUGCAGAUCAACUUAAAACUAAAGAUUGAUGUGGCCCUGAACUCAGCAUCAUGGAUCAGAGAGAGGAGCUGAAAGAAGGAGAAACUAAGAGCAAACAAUCUGACGAUGAAGUGGAACCAGAAUCCUGGGAGACUAUGUCCAAACAGGAUUUUAUUGACUUUAAAUCAAACCAGCCUUCAUCUAGAAAGAAACCUCAGCUUUCGCUGUCCAGCUGUUCAUCUGGACAACUGUCAGAAAAAGACCAACCUCCAUCUUCAAAGAGAGUGAAGCAGAUCUCAGAGGUUCCUAGUGGUCAGUCUCCCCAACAGCAUCCAACAGAACUGGACUCCAUAUUUAAGGAGCUGAAAAAGAAGAUUUUCACCUUUGAGGAAAGUGAGCUGAAAAAGAUCCAAAUGGUUCUGGGUUCAGAUUACCCAGAAGGUUUAGAUGAGAAUAAGGAGGAGGAUGAAGUUUUGGCAGGUGAAAAUAACCAGCAGAUGAAGAAGAGCAGAGAAGCAUUUGAGAAGAUCACACAGCACUUCCUGAGGAUGAUGAACCAGGAGAAGCUGGCUGACCGUCUUCAAAGCAAAUCAUUCACCACCUGUCAACAAACACUAAAAUCUAACAUGAAGAAAAAGUUCCAGUCUGUGUUUGAAGGAAUAGCAAAAUCAGGAAAUCAAAGCUUUCUAAAUGAGAUCUACACAGAGCUCUACAUCACAGAGGGAGGAUCUGAAGAGGUCAAUGAUGAACAUGAGGUCAGGCAGAUUGAAACCAUGUCCUGGAAACCAGAACGGUCAGAAACAGCAAUUAGACAUGGAGACAUAUUUAAACCUGUAUAUGGAAGAGAUGAACCAAUAAAAACAGUGAUGACAACUGGAGUGGCUGGCAUUGGGAAAACAGUCCUAACACAGAAGUUCACUCUGGACUGGGCAGAAGACCAAACCAACCAGGACAUCCAGUUCACGUUUCCAUUCACGUUCAGAGAGCUGAAUCUGUUAAAAGAACAGUUCAGCUUGGUGGAGCUUAUUCACUAUUUUUUUAGUGAAACCAAAGGAAUAUUAAAAUUUGAAGAGUUAAAGGUUGUGUUCAUUUUUGAUGGUUUGGAUGAGAGUCGACUUUCACUGGACUUCCACAACAAUGAGAUCCUGAUGGAUGUAAGAAAGUCCACCUCAGUAGAUGUUCUUCUGACAAACCUCAUCAGAGGGAACCUGCUUCCCAAAGCUCACCUCUGGAUAACCACACGACCUGCAGCAACCAAUCGAAUCCCUCCUGAGUUCAUUGGCAUGAUGACAGAAAUUAGAGGAUUCACUGACCCACAGAAAGAUGAGUACUUCACAAAAAGAUUUAGAUAUAAGAAGCAGGCCAGCUUGGUAAUCUCCCAUAUAAAGAAAUCCAGAACCCUCCACAUCAUGUGCCACAUCCCAAUCUUCUGCUGGAUCACUGCUACAGUUGUGGAAGACAUGUUGAACAAGCAAGAUGGAGAAGAGCUGCCAAAGACCCUGACUGAGAUGUACAUCCACUUCCUGGUGGUGCAGAACAAACUGAAGGUCAUCAAGUAUGAUGGAGGAGCUGAGACAGAUUCACACUGGAGUCCAGAGAGCCGGAAGAUGAUCGAGUCUCUGGGAAAACUGGCUUUUGAACAGCUGCAGAAAAGAAACCUGAUAUUUUAUGAAUCAGACCUGGAAGAGUGUGGCAUUGAUAUCAGAGCAGCUUCAGUGUGUUCAGGAGUUUUCACACAGAUCUUCAGAGAAGAAAGAGGGCUGUACCAGAUCAAAGUGUUCUGCUUUGUCCAUCUGAGUGUUCAGGAGUUUCUGGCUGCUCUUCAUGUUCACCUGACCUUCAUCAAAUCAGGAAUCAAUCUGCUGGCAAAAGGUGAAAUGAAAUCCAAGGAGAUAGAAAAACAAAACCAUGCUUCUUCAGAGACAGAAAUGUACAAGAGUGCUGUGGACAUGGCCCUAGAGAGUCCAGACGGACACCUGGACUUGUUCCUCCGCUUUCUACUUGGUCUUUCACUGGAGACCAAUAAACAUCGCUUAAGAGGCUUUGUGGCACAGACAGAAGACAGUUUAGGAACUAACAAAGACACAGCCCAGUACAUCAAGGAGAAGUUGAAUCAUUAUGGUGUUGAGAAAAACAUCAAUCUGUUCCACUGUCUAAGUGAACUAAAUGAUCAGUCUCUGAUGGAGGAAAUCCAACAAUCUCUAUGUACAGGAAGUCUUUCAAUACACCAGCUGUCUCCUGCUCAGUGGUCAGCUCUGAACUUCAUCCUACUUUCAUCAGAGAAAGAUUUGGAGACAUUUGACCUGAAGAAAUACUGUGCUUCAGAGGAAGCUCUUCAGAGACUGCUGCCAAUAGUCAAUGCCUCCAGCAAAGCUAUACUGAGUGGGUGUAACCUCUCAGAGAGAAGCUGUGAAGCUCUGUCCUCAUUGCUCAGCUCAACAUCCUCUAGUCUCAGAGAUCUGGACCUGAGUAACAACAACCUGACAGAUUCAGGAGUGAAGCUGCUCUGUGAGGGACUGAUGAGUCCUAACUGUGAGCUGGAGAUUCUCAGGCUUUCAGGCUGCCGGAUCACAGAGGAAGGUUGUGCUGCUCUGGCUUCAGCUCUGACUGUGAACUCCUCUCACCUGAAGGAACUGGACCUCAGCUACAAUAAUCCAGGAGAGGCAGGAAGGAAGAGUCUAGAAGCUAUAUUGAAUAAUCCAAGCUUCAAACUGGACUCUCUGAGCAUGGAGCCUGCAGGAGACAAAUGGAUGAAACCAGGUCUGAGGAAAUAUUCCUGUUCACUAACAGUCGACCUAAACACUGUAAGCAGAUUCCUCAAACUUUCUGACAAAAACAGGAAGAUGACACAUUUGGAAGAGGAGCAGCCGUAUCCUGAUCAUCCAGACAGAUUUGAUCUCUAUCAGCUGCUGUGUACUGAUGGUCUGACUGGUCGCUGUUACUGGGAGGUUGAGUGGAGUGAGAAAGUCUAUGUAUCACUGAGUUACAGGGGAAUAAAAAGAAAGGGAGAGAGUGAAGACAGCUGGUUUGGAUUUAAUAAUAAAUCCUGGAGUCUAAUCUGCUCUGAUGAUGGUUACACUGUUUGGCAUGAUGGUGUAAAAAAAGCUUUCAUCCCUGAUCCCUCCUUCUCCUCUUCCUCCUCUGUCUCUGGCAGAAUAGCUGUGUAUGUGGACUGUCCUGCUGGGACUCUGUCUUUCUACAGAAUCUCUUCAGAUACACUGAUCCACCUCUACACCUUCAACACCAAAUUCACUGAAACUCUUUAUCCUGGAUUUGGGUUCAGGGAUCUUUCAGGAGUGUGUUGGUUCUCAUUUUAGAAAAGUCUUAAGUCCUUUUCAAAACUAAUACAACAUCUAAAGAGGUAUCAAUGCAUUAAAAACAGAAGAAAAUAAUAAAAAGUCACAUUAAAUAAAACUGUUUUGUAAAGAAACAACACAGUCCGUCAUUCUUAAGUCCAAACAAAGGAGAAUUCUGGAGUCUAGGAUCCACUGAACUAAAGACUCUGUAUUCCUUUGUUUUCAAUUUACCAUAAAGUAUGAAAACCUGUAGGAUUUGUCAGAAGCCUGGCAGCAUCAUUUAGUCUGGCAGCAUCAUUUAGUCUGGCAGUAUCAUUUAGUCUGGCAGCAUCAUUUAGUCUGGCAGCAUCAUUUAGUCUGGCAGCAUCAUUUUGUUUACUUUGCAACCAUUCUAGGGAAGGUAUGCUAAGAUACACAGAGUGCACUGAUCUAACCAAAGCCUGGAUAAUCAGUUCUGAGAAUAAAGAUUUCAUUACCAGAUGAUUAAUAGGAAUGAAUCAAAGACUGGAUGUGCAUCCAAAGUAAAGUCAGAAUGUAAGAUUUUGCCCAAAACCUCUCAGUUCUUUGUCAAUAAGCUCUGUGAAAUGCAUUUUUCUGAUGUACAUCUUUGUUCUCUAAGUUUGUGAAAACUGGUUAAGAAGUAGAUUUUCUUAGUUGCUAUUGGUGACUGAAGACAGUGUAACGUAAUCUACUGUCUUACUUGUGUAAUCUACUUGCACUUUUGAGCCAUUUGAACAGCACUAUAUUCUAAUGUUACAGUAAUGACGUUAUGCAUUGUUUCUUUUCUUGUGAUUAGAUUAAUUAUUAAUAAGAAAAAUUAAUAAUUAAUUCUUGGAAAAUAUACUUCUUCACUAAUAUGUCAUAAGUGUUACACAUAAAUGAUAUAAAAGUGAGUUACUGACAUCUUAUUUAUAUUUGCACAACAUUAUUUAUGUACAUUAUUUUACAUCCUGCCCCAUUAAGGUUGGUGUCAGGAUCUGGGGGUGUUUUUGAAUUAGGUUGUGGAUUUUUGUCAUUUUUGGUGUUCCUUUGACUUUUCUACAUUAGUUUGCCCUGUUUUCCACUUCUGUUCUCCCUAGUUAUUGUAGUUAUAUUUUUCUUGCUUCUGAGUUAUUUUCUGAUGCUCUAGUUUAUCAUAUUUCUAUAAUCUAAGUUGUUCCUUAGUGUUAUAAUUAUUUCCUGUUCCCCUGUAUUCUCUCCCCUAUUUUCCUGUGUCACUUUCUUUUUCCCCCUCCUCAGCCUAGUUCUGUAAUCAGUUAGCUUAUUAGCCCUGGUCCAUUGUUCCCACUAUCAACCUCCCAAUAUUAAAGCUUCUUAUUCUCCAGUUACAACUCACUGGUUCAUCAUGUCAUCUCACCUUGUCCCCUUCUCCCUGGUUCCCUUGUGUUCUCUUUAUGUUUCUGUUUUCGAUUUAUUUUUUGUUUCUUGGACUUUGUAUUUUUAUUUUUUCAUUAGCUUUUGAACCUCACCUUCAUCUCCUGCCUGCUGCAUUUGGCUCGACACAUCAACACAUGCUAACAGUUGGAAAUGUCAAGUUUUCAUUUUGGCUUCAAGUCUGUAUAAUAUUUACCUUUUCAAGUCAGGUUGGUGUUUACUUUUUCCCUGAAUAAAUGAAAUCAUUUUAAAAAUUGUUUUGUGGAUUUAAUUUUGCGAUCUUUGUCUCUUGUGGUAAUUGUUGAUGUGGGCACUUGACCAGGGCAGCAUGAGAAUGAGGGGAAAUAACCCAUAGAAGACACUUGUUUAUCUCCUAAAUAAAUGACAGUAGUCAACGAGGAGUUGGAGCUCCAUGAGGUUGACUAGGGGCACCACUAAAAGAUGUGCUUCAACAGGCCAGUAUUCAUAUUCUUCAUUGCAGUUUGUAUCGCUGUUAAAACUAUACUAUAUAAUACUAUAUACCACCAGAGGGCAGCAUUUCAGUACUAGGAACUUGAACAUAUUUCAGAUUCAAACUCACUGUAACAGACUGCUACACAAGAUCUUUUCUGCCCACAAUCAUCAACAUAAACACCUUUUUGAAGAAUCUUGAUUUAAUGUGUUGCAUUUAAUUUCCCUUUGGGAUCUGUUAGAAUAUAUUCUCAUAUUAACAUGUCUUUGAGUUUUUUGUGUUGUGCUUCUGCUGUCUAAUUUGCUUUGAGGUGCACACCUGCAAGUUCUGUGUCCUGUUCCUUUCACUUUCUGUUAAGUUUUAUUUUUGUGCAUGUUGUUCUGCAGGAGUCAGAAUGAGUUGUUGGCAGCACUAUUCUGAAAAAAUUGGACCUGUGAGUUAGCAAUAAAGAAAAUACAGCUAUCUGACUA